AUGGCAACAACAAAAAGUCCAAAUGAAACAUUUAAUAUGGAUGAUUUUGAUGCACUUUUAGCUGCACUUAGUCCUGACGAUCUUGAAAAAGUCAAUGAUCUUAUUGAUCCUGAAAAUUCAUGGUUACCAGCAAGUGAACGUUGUAAAGCACAAACAACAAAAACUUCAACUGGUCCAUAUGAUCGUUCAAAACUUCUUGAUUUUCUUACUGAACAAGGAAAAAAUGAAAAAGAUUGGGACCAUAUUAAACAAUAUGUACCAGGUGAAAAAAAAGGUAAAGUUUGGCAACCACCAUCUGUAACAAAACCAACACAAGAAGAUGAUGAAUUUAUGGUUGCAACGGAAUGGGAUGAUGUAUUAACAAAUGCAAGUGAAUCUGAAAUUGUUGAACUUGCUGCUAUACUUGGCUUUACAGGCUUAAUUAAUCAAGUGCAAUAUCAUGCCGCAUUAACUGAUAAAGGUUUACCAUCAACUGUUGGUGGAUGGAAUGCUGCAGCUAAAAGUGAACCAUUAAAAAUUCUUCCACCUGAACCUGAUAAUACAACUGAUGUUGAAGAUUGUAUAAAAAAAGCUAAAGCUAAUGAUAAAGGUUUCACACGUAUUAAUAUAAAUAAUAUAAAAGAAGUUAGAGCUGAUGUUCUUAAAGAAUUACUUAAUUCAUUAAAAGAUAAUACAAAUGUACAAACUCUUGAAAUGGCUAAUGUCGGUAUGACUGAUAGUGUUGGUCGAGUUCUUGCAGAACUUCUUCAAGCUAAUUCAACAUUAAAAAUUGUUAAUGCUGAAUCAAAUCGUUUAACAGGAUUAGUUAUUAGUGAAAUUGUACGAAGUACAUUAAAAAAUCAAACAUUAUUGGAAUUACGUUUAUCAAAUCAACGUUCACAAAUAUUGGGCAAUCGAGUUGAAAUGGAAAUAGCUGAUGCUAUAUCUCAAAAUAAUACACUUCUUCGUUUAAAUUUACAAUUCGAUACACUUGGACCACGUGUUCGUGUUACAGAAAAACUUAAACAAAAUUUAGACGUUUUGCGUAAAAAACGUUUAAACAAUAAACAAUAA